AUGGGAUGUGGAAGUUCAUCAUCUACCCGCGUCUAUCCAUCUGUGUCACACACGGACACUAACGGUCAGUCGAAGGAGAUACUCAGUUCUUCAACUCACGAUAAUCUACCAAAAACAAUACCGAGCGCUUCAUCUCAGAAUGGCGCCACGAAGAGAAUACCGAGUGCCUCAUCUCACGCUGUGGUAGCGAAGAGAAUAACAAGUGCCUCCUCUCAGAAAAGCAUCAUUUUGCCAAAAAAACCUGCCAGUCCUUCAUUACAUUCGGAACAUAAUACUACCCAGAAUUUUGUCGUCAUCUGGGUGGACUCAAACAUAGAUGAGACCCAAAAAACGUAUCAAGACUCCAUAACUAAACUUCGACGUGUCACUAAUUUGGUCUACACAUGUGCUGAUUCCGAUCAAUGCAUCACAUAUGUAAAUAAUUUCGACAACAAAAAAAUAUCCAUCAUCGUUUCGGAUGUUCUGGGCGAGCAGCUCGUAGCCCAGAUUCACGACAAACCGCAGGUCGACUAUAUUUAUAUACUAACCCAUGGAAGGCGACAAAAAUUACGCUGGGCAAAUAAAUGGGCCGAAAAAAUGAAAGGAAUUUUUGUUGAUAUGGAAAGUAUUUUUAACAAGAUUAAAUUUGAUACUGGUCAGAUUGGUUUGAUUCCUAUUAGCAUUCUCCCCGUCAACGACACUUCGGACCAUUAUAUGAGUGAACUUGAUCAAUCCUUCAUGUACACAUUAUUGCUCAAAGAGAUUCUACUGGAAAUGGAAUACGAUCACAAGUCAAAAGGCAAACUUGUCGAGUUUUGUCGAGAACGAUAUUCCGACGAUGAUCUUCAGUUGGGCCUCAUCGAUGAAUUCGAAGAUGAAUAUCACAGCGACAUAGCCAUUCAGUGGUAUACCAAAGAGUCUUUCCUAUAUGCGAUGCUUAAUCGAGCUCUACGAACACAAGAUAUUGAAACUGUCAUGAAGAUGGGAUUCUUUGUGCGCGAUCUUCAUGGACAAAUCAAAACAAUGCAUGGUGAACAACGGGACGAAUCACGGCCGACUAUCGUUUAUCGAGGGCAAGGCAUGUUACCCGACGAAUUUGAGAAGCUUAAAGCUAGCAAAGGUGGCCUUCUCUCCUUCAACAAUUUUCUGUCAACGAGCAUUAAGUCUGAAAUUUCAGUACAAUUUACAGUUCGCGCAUAUACCAAUCCAAAUGUGACUGCAAUUGUCUUUCGGAUGCAAACUGAUCCAACAAUUUCGUCAGUUCCAUUUGCUCUGAUAAAAUCAAGCAGCUCUUAUGAAUACGAGGACGAAAUGCUUUUUUCAAUGCAUACCGUCUUUCGUAUUACAGAUAUCCAACCCAUUCAAGAGCGGUUGUGGCAAGUGGAUUUGCUAUUAACAAGUGACAAUGAUCCACAGCUGAAAAAACUUACUGAUUGCUUCCGCAAAGAGAUCGGUGGAGGGACGCCUUGGCAACGGUUAGGACAUUUGAUGCUCAAAAUGGGCGAGAUUGAUCAAGCUGAAGAAAUUUAUAAGCCUCUGCUUGAUUCAGAAGACGAAAAGAACCGAUACAAUCCUGCUCAUAUUCACCAUCAACUAGGAUAUGUCUACAACGAGAGAGGCGAAUAUGCGUCUGCACUCGAAUCGUACGAAAAGGCACUCAAAAUUGAACUAAAAUCUCACCCUUCCGAUCAUCCUUCGCUCGCACCUACCUAUAACAAUAUCGCGGGAGUGUAUAAAUCAAUGGGUGACAACUUAGCUGCGCUUUCUUUUUAUCAAAAAGCACUGAAAAUUGAAGAGAAAUCUCUCACUUCGGAUCAUCCUUUGUUGGCUACUACCUACAAUAACCUCGGUUCCGUUCAUAGUUCGAUGGGAGACUACUCGACAGCGCUUCAGUUUUAUGAUAAGACGCUUGAGAUUCGACAAAAAACCGUUCCUGCCAACCAUCCAGAUUUGGGUACUAUCUACAAUAACAUCGGUUCAAUUUAUAGUUCACUGGGAGAUGAUCCCACCGCACUGUCGUUCUAUGAAAAGACACUGGAAAUCCAGAAAAAAUCUCUUCCUGCCAAGCAUCUGGAUUUCGCUACCAGUUACGGUAACAUCGGAUCAGUGAAAAGUUCGAUGGGAGACAACUCCACAGCGCUCUCAUUUCAUGAAAAGGCGUUGAAAAUUCGAGAAAACUCUCUUCGUCCCAAUCAUCCAGAAUUUGCAUCAAGCUACAACAACAUGGGCUCAGUGCAUUCUGCGAUAGGAGAUUACUCUACUGCACUUUCAUUUUAUCAACAAGCACUUGAAGUGCAAAAGAAAUGUUACGCUGAAAAUCAUCCAGAUUUUGCAAAUACCUACGAUAAUCUCGGUUCAGUACAUAGUUUGAUGAGCGACAAGCCAACAGCACUUUCAUUUUAUCAAAAAGCAUUCGAAAUUAGACAAAAAUCUCUUCCUACCAUGCAUCCUGAUCUGGCUAACAGUUAUAACAAUCUCGGUGCAGCCCACAGCAACAUGCGAGACACAUCAAAAGCACUUUCAAUGUAUCAAAAAGCACUCAAAAUCCAGCAAAAGUCUCUCUCGGAGACUCAUCCGAGUUUGGCCACUACUUACAACAAUAUUGGUCUAGUUUAUCGAUCAAUGGAAGACUACGUAACUGCAUUGUCGCUCUGUCAACAAGCACUUGAUCUUCAGCAGAAAUCUCGUCCAAACGACCAUCCAUCACUGGCUGUCACUUAUAACAAUAUCGGUCUGAUUCAUAGUUCGAUGAAAGAUUAUCCAACUGCUUUGUCAUUUUAUCAAAAAGCACUGGAAAUUCAACAAAAAUCGAAAUCUGUUAAGAAUCAAUCGUUAGCAACAACCUACAGCAAUAUUGGAUCGGCGCAUUUUUCGAUGAAGGACUAUUCGAGUGCCCUGUCGUUUCAUGAGCGAGCACUUGAAGCAAAACAAAAGUCGCUUCCAACCGACCAUCCUGAUUUAGCUAUUACCUACAGCAACAUUGGUCUAGCGUACCAUGAAAUGAAUGAUCACUCGAAUGCAUUGUCGUUUUAUGAAAAAGCCCUAGAAAUUCGACAAAAUUCUGUUGCUGACGAUCGUGAAGAUUUAGGUACUACGUACAACAAUAUCGGAUUAGUAUAUUCUGCACAAAAGGACUAUCCAACAGCCCUUUCUUUCUAUAGAAAGGCACUGGAUAUUCGAGAAAGAAUUUAUUCUUCGCAUGAUCUUCGGUUGGCUCCAACUUACAGUAGCAUCGGUUCAACGUAUCAUGAAAUGAAAGAUUAUCAGAAUGCGAUCUUAUUUAAUAAAAAAGCGUUCAAAAUUCGCGAGAAAUCUCCUUUAACUGAACAUUCGAAUAUGGCGACAAACUGCAACAAUAUUGCUGUCGCAUAUGAUUUAAUGAAAGAUUUUGAGAAUGCACUCAUAUUUUAUGAAAGGGCACUCGAAAUUAGACAAAAAUUCCUCGCUACUGACGAUCUAUUAUUGGCGACUACAUAUAGCAGCAUCGCAUCUGUACAUUAUUCGAUGAAAAAUUACUCGCAUGCUGUCACUUUUCGCCAACGAGCAAUAGCGAUUCAAGAAAAAAUGCUCCCUGGCAAUGACUCAUCCUUGGCAACUAAUUACAGCAAUCUCGCUUCAGCGUAUCAUGAGAUGCAAGACUAUUCUAGGGCGGCCUUUUCUUACGAUAAAGCACUCACAAUACAAGAAAAAAUCCUCUCCCUCAAUGAUCCUGCGUUAGCCACCGCUUAUAACAAUGUUGGUGUAGCCUACAGAUCACAAGGUGAUAAUCAAAAUGCUCUGCCAUUCUAUCAAAAAGCGCUUGCUAUUCGAGAAAAGUCUCUUUCUAGUGAUGACCCAUUGUUAGGGACUACGUAUAGCAUUGUGGCAUCUGUGCAUUAUUCCAUGAAAGAUUAUCCGAAUGCUGUACAUUUUUACCAAAAAGCGCUUAAAAUUCAAGAAAAAAUCCUUUCUCUCAAUGAUCCUGCGUUAGCCACCGCUUAUAACAAUGUUGGUGUAGCCUACAGAUCACAAGGUGAUAAUCAAAAUGCUCUGCCAUUCUAUCAAAAAGCUCUUGCUAUUCGAGACAACAUACUAUCGGCCAAUGAUCCAACGCUUGCUACUGCAUAUAGCAACAUUGCUGCAGUGCAUCUGUCAAUGGAAAACAAGACGGCUGCUGUUAAGUACUAUGAGAAAUCACUCAAAAUUCAGGAAACAUUGCCCUCUCCUAACCAUUCGUCAAUGGCUGUUAUGCAUUAUAAUACGGCAAGGUCUUAUGAAGCUUUGCAGAAUUACACAGCAGCACUCAAACAUGCCGAGUGUUCUGUCGAUAGAGCUCGUUUAGCUUUCGGACCGGACAGUUCCGAAGUGAAAGAAAACCAAGAACUUUAUUUAGCAUGUGUGGCGGGAGAAGUCAUGGCAAAUUCUCUGACUAUUUUCUGCUCGACCAAAACACAAUUACUAUGA